CAAUUUCAUUUUCAUCUUUUGUGUUGUGUUUUUGUUAAAAUAAUGCAGUUUUACCAUUUUACGGACAAAAUUAUCUUUUUUAUUUAACUUUUAUUUAGAGGCUCCAACAAUACUACUGACUUCUAUCUGAAAAGGUUACAUAAACAUUGGGGAAUUCCGUAAAAAAUAAAUUAAGUAUAAAUAAUAGUAUAAAAAUUAUAUACUUUCACCGGUGUCCAAGAGUUCUUUGUUCAUUCGAUAAAUUACAAUAGAUGAAUCCUAGUGAAGUCUUAUCCCCAUUCUUUGUACACCGAGACUAAAUAUCAGAAGGGAUCAUUGGCUAUAAACUUAGACAAUGGACAAAUCUAGGUUUUCUAUGCUGCUUUUGGAGCCUGGAGAAAUAUAUUUUGAAGAUUACUCUUGCACUAUGAAUGAUGCAGUUUUAAAAAGUGUAAAUGCUAUCCAGGGACGGUUGAAAUUGUGCUCAAAAUCCCUAGUAUUUGAACCCAGAGACUGGGCCUUCCCACUUUAUAAAUUACAAUUUAAAGAUGCAAGUGACAUUUCCAUAGCACACCCUAAAACCAAUGAAGCUCCGAAAAAUGCAAUUAAAAUGAAGGUGCAACAAUAUUCUGAGAUGCUGGAAGACAACAUACUGGCACCAUACAAGUUUGUGUAUGAAGAGAGGGAGUUUUACUUCUUUUUUGAUUUUGCUUUGGCUGAAGAGUGUUUGAGUCAGAUGUUACAGUUGCAACGAGCUUCAACCCUUCAUGCUCCAGAGCAUAACAGUAUGGUGGCUACGAUCUUACACUCUCGAUACACAAGGAUGGUGUUUGACCCAGUUAUGAUGGAUGACUUUACGGAGAAGAUUGUCUGUGAGCUGCAAGCGGAGAAGAUAUCACCGCUAGUGAGGCACCAGGGGAAGCUCGCACUCACACCCACCACACUUUACUUCCAACCAUUCAACAACAUUGAAAGUAGUCCAAUAUUAAAAUUAAAACUUUCCAAAUUAAAAAGAAUUUAUAAGAGGAGAUUUCUGCUUAGACAUGUGGGUCUCGAGUUAUACAGUGAUGAAGAGAGCAUGGUGCCCCAUAUAUACUUGUCAUUCCAAUCAGAACAUGAACGGGACACCCUCUAUAAUGUUAUAGAAAAAUCUCCAGAAGCCAGUCUAGAAAGGGUGCAUCCAGAAGAAAUGACUCUUCAGUGGCAGAAUGGAAUUGUAUCAAAUUAUGACUAUCUUAUUUAUUUAAAUUGUCUAGCAGAUAGAAGUAAGAAUGAUCUGACACAAUAUCCCGUGUUCCCCUGGGUGGUGGCUGACUACAGCUCUAAGAUAUUGAACCUGGACAAGGCGGAGAGUUUCAGAGACCUGUCCAAGCCCAUGGGGGCUCUGAACCCGGACCGGCUGGAGAAACUGCUCGAGAGAUAUGAUGAGAUGUCUAGUCCUAAAUUCCUUUAUGGAUCUCAUUAUUCUGCCCCUGGUCUUGUGCUGUUUUAUUUAGUAAGGAAAUAUCCGCAAUACAUGUUAUGCUUGCAAAAUGGCAGAUUUGAUCAUCCAGACAGAAUGUUCAAUUCAAUUUCAGAUGUUUAUAACAAUUGUUUGCGAAAUAUGUCUGAUUUCAAGGAACUGCUGCCAGAGUUCUACGACACCGACGGAGGAGGCGACUUUUUAAUGAACAAAUACGAGAUCCACUUCGGCGAGCGCCACGACGGGUCGAAGGUCGACAACGUGGCGCUCCCGCCGUGGGCCAGCGGCGCCCAGGACUUCGUGAGCAAGCUGAGAGAGGCACUGGAGUCUGAGUACGUGUCCAGACAUCUGCAUUUAUGGAUUGAUCUCAUUUUCGGCUAUAAGCAGAGGGGGCCGGAGGCAGUUAAGGCUAAUAAUGUGUUCUACCACCUGUGCUACGAGGGCGCGGUGGACCUCGAGAGCGUGGGCGACAUGAACGACCGCCACGCACUAGAAGUCCAAAUCAUGGAGUUCGGACAAGUCCCCAAGCAACUCUUCACUCGGCCGCACGUCCGCAAAAUCACCCACCAAAUACCGAGACCUGUGGCUAACAAUGACGAAGUUAUUAACUCGUAUAAAUUGGAAUGCGUUGACACGAUAAGUUUGCAUAGAGAGGAGGUGACGGCGGCGUUGGUUCAUGACAAUAAGGUGGUGUCGGUCGGGAAGGAUGGUACGCUUAAAGUGUACGAUAUUGAUCUCAAGAAGCAGAUAAGGAGCGUUAUUUUGUGUGCGACGCCGCUCAGUUCGUGCGUGAUGGUGGAUGAUCAUACGGUGGCGGCUGGGUCGUGGGAUAACGAUAUAUACAUGUACGAUGUGGAAUACGGGAAAGUCGUCGAAAGUUUUAGGGCCCACGAUGAUUCAGUCAGCUGCUUGCUGUGGCUUGAAAACGAGCGCCUCCUAAUAUCUGGCGGCUGGGACUGCGUGGUGCGCGUGUGGGGGCGCGGGGGCGGCGCGGGGGGCGGGGGGCGCGGGGGUGAGGGGCGCGGGCGCAGCCGCCUGCGCGCCGAGCGGGACCACGACGGGAAGAUCACCGCUGUUACGUACAGGCGGCGCGGCCACGACCUCCGCGAAGCCCGAAUCGAUAUCAUAUCGGGCACAAGCGACGGGGAGGUGUACAUUUGGAGUUUGCAGUCCAAGGAAGUUUUGAAUAAGAUCUGCGUCACAUCGUCGCCUAUCAGAGGAGCAUGCUUCGUGGAGUCAGGAGAUAGGGUCGUCACAGUCAGCGAGGAGGGAGAAAUGAAUGUCACCGAUCUUAGUGUUUCGCAUUCUGUAUACCACAAGCAGUUGCCUACGCCCAUCAGCUCGCUCUGCUGGGACGGGCGCCGCGUGCUGUGGCUCGGCGGCGGCGGCGCGCUGCUGCAGUGGAACAUGACCGAGGUGGCGCGCGUCAGUGACCAGACUGUACAUGACGAUUCCAUAAAUAGCAUCUUCCUGGACCGAGCCUCCCGCACCCUGGUCACCGCCAGCAAAGACAAAACUGUGAAAGUGUUCAAGUUGAUAAACGACUCCUGACGAAAGAUAGAAUCUGAAGGACAGUAUUAUUACCAUUUCUUUAGUCUACUCUUUAAUACUUUUGUGCUCGAUAGAUUUAAGUGUUAUAAAAAUGUGAUAUUUUAUGUAUAAUUGAUUCCAAUAUUUUAUUAUGACAAUAAUGAUCAAAUAAAUCUUUUUAUAAAUA